CAUGAUAGUAAGUUUGGAUGUUGUUGAAAAAAACGCGGAUAUUUCUCUUCUAAACUCUACCCUUCGACCUUCUCUCGUCUCGUCUGGUCUGGUCUAGCUAGUUCUGCGAUCGCGUGCGGUGUUUGCGCAUGUUAAUGUGUUUUCGGUGCCGGUGCAAAACCCUCCUCUCCUUCCUCCCCCCUCUUCCACCACCACCAACAACUUCCAUGCAACGACGACGAGCAGCAGUCGAUGGUGGGAAAGCGCCGCGACGCCCGCGUCACCAUUCCGCUUGAAAUAAUUAAAAAAAAAAUAAAAUAAACAUCGCGCGCGACGCGAGAUCCACAACAACAACAAAAAAAAUAUAUAUAAAAUAAAUCGGAUUACGUCUGCAUCGACAAUAGGUGUUUCCUGAAUAUGGACGUGUUGUGGCAGGAAAGACUGUUCGGUAAGCAACUUACGGAUUGUUCGGGUAGCAAACCGGAUACGGAAACCGUUGAAGCCCUCACGGACGUCGAGACGGUGGGCGUUUAUUUCUCAUUCGCCAACAUCAACCUGCAGAGCGAUGAUUUCCGGAACAAGCUGAAGGAGCUCUAUCGUCGCCUUAACACCUCCGAUGGAUCAACGAAGAGAUUGGAGAUUGUCCAGGUCGUCCUCUGGGCUAAUAACGACGUGUACAGCGACUUCGAGGGAAGCCACCGUGACAGUCUGGUCGACCUUCCGUGGUUCGCGAUGCCCUUCAGUGAAAUCGACCUAAAG